UUUGUCAAAAUCUGCUCUGAAUCCUUGUCAAAAUCCCAUAAAUCCUACUCAGUCACUUCUACAGAGCCCAUCUCAUCAUCAUUAAAACAAAUUAAAUGAGGCCCUUUCAUUGCUCUGUUCUGCUAUCUCCACACACACACGAGGCAUAACUCAUUUUUUUCACACAAUCUUCCUCAGGCCUCUCCCUUUGGGGUUUUCACCAAGGCAACAAAUUAUUCCUGCUGUAAGGUUUCUCUUCCUCUUGCCCACUCUUUUUCUUCUUACUUGUAGUUCGUGCAAGAGAAGAUGAGUGGGAGAAGCAGUUCAAGAUACCCCUUCACUGUUUCCCAAUGGCAGGAGAGUGAACACCAAGCUCUUAUCUUCAAAUACAUGGCUUCAGGCACUCACUACAAGAAGAAGCUUCCUCCUCCACCUCAAGUUAGCAGAAUCCAGCUUCUACCAACUGGUUCUCUUCGGUAGGCCCGUCUCCUCCAAAGUCCACCUCAAGCCUAUCUGUCCCUCACACUCAAUCCAAAAUCCAGCCACUUAACAGCUCUUCUCACGUGGAAAAGAGCUUUAUCCAACCGGUUUUUCUCCAGUUAAAUCCUAGUUCCCUGUUGAAUCCGGUCUCUUCUCUUACCUUCAAUCAAACCGAUGCCUGCAUAUGGAACUCCAACGCCUCCUUCAGCCAUCCAACUGAGAUCUCCCCUCUCUUCACGAGAACCUGCUCCCUUCCUCUGCUCACCCGAAUUCCUCCUCCCCCUACACAGCCUCAGACUUGAUCUCACUCUCUCUUUUCCUCAAAGUGCAGAGAAGCCACAUAUCUUAGAGUGGCUUUUAUAAACCGCUGUCUUUGCGAUCAGAAGAGGUUCCUUAGGGAUUUAGAUGGACAUCACAGAUAUUCGAAAUCAGCUACUGGGUGAAACCACAUGUGGUUCAUUACUUCAGCAAUUGCAGCAAAUCUAGGAUAAGGUUGGUGAGAGUGAUGAAGCACGUGAUAAAAUUCUGCUUCAAAUAGAUCAUAAGUGCUUGGAUGUCUACAAGAGGAAAGUGGAUCAGACAUCAAAGUCCAGGACUCAGCUUCUUCAGACUUUGGCUGAUUCAAGUGUUGAGUUUACUAGACUUCUUUCAGCUCUUGUUGAGAACACUUACGUUGGCAUGCCAAAGAAGUCAACUGGCACAAUUAAGGAACAACUAGCAGCUAUAGCUCCAGCAAUAGAACAGUUAUGCAAAUAGAAAGAGGAAAGAGUCAAAGAGUUUGCAGAUGCCCAGUCUCAUAUUCAAACUACAUGUGCAGAAAUAGUUGGCACUCUCAGGGUAGGCGAAAAGGUAGGAAUGCCCGUGGUUGAUGAGAAUGAUUUGUCACCGAGAAAAUUGGAUGAGUUUUAAUGUCAUUUACAGGAACUUCAGACAGAAAAGAGUGAUAGAUUGCAUAAGGAAGAAGAAUGUGCGUAUAUUAUAUGUGUGUACUUGUAUAUGUAUGGAUGUUUAAAAAGAGAGAGAAAGAGGUGAUUCAAAAAAAAAUGAUGGUGAUGUGAUGAUAAAAAAAAGAAAGGAAGCAUAAAAAUAGAGAGGAAUGAAGGAGGGGUUUCAAAAAGUGAAUGAGCGGAAGUAAAAAAAAAGAGAAAAAAAAAAAGAGAGGAAAUUUUGAGAUUCUUUUGCCGUCACCGCCGACCACGAAGGUAUAAUCACCUAAAACUCAUAUUUCCCAUUCUCGUUGUUCAUAGCGGACCAGGGAACCACCUAUACGCACUCUCAUAGCAUGGUAGGAGGGAGCCCGGUGCGACACCUAUAACGAGGCGGGUAAUCACCUAAAACUCAGAUUUCUCAUUCUCGUUGUUCGUGGCGGACCGGGGAACCACCUAUACGCGCUCUCGUAGCACGGUAGGAGGGAGCCCGGUGCGACGCCUACGACGAAGCGCAUAAUCACUUUAAAUCCCAUUUUCAACAUUUGCGGCAGACCGGAGAACCACCUAUACGCGCUCUCGUAGCACGGUAGGAGGGAGCCCGGUGCCACGCAUACGACGAAGUGGGUAAGCCCUAUACACGCUCUUGUAGAGUGGUGGGGAGAUUCACUUGUGUUCUUCGUACGGUUACUUUUGAAGACCCCAUACACGCUCGCGUAGCGUGGUGGGAUGGAAAGAUAUACGGCCCGAUGUCCCCCGACACCUACCAUACACGCUCGAGUAGCGUGGUGGGAUGGCCCAAUUUUCCGUGGUUUCCCCUAAAUGGGGGACACACCGGGAGGCUGUCGAAAUUUUUAGUAAAUCAUGAACAAAACUUGGACAAUUUGAACUUGAGCUCAUAUUUGUAUUUGAGCAAAUAAAAAGACUCUAACUCACGUUAAACGAUAAAUGAACUUGCAAAUCAAAUGAGAUGAAGAAAAUUUGAACAUUUGAACAAAGUGCAACAAGACUUGAUCUGGGACUGCAAUGGACAUAAACUCGAACUUAACUCAAACUUGAGUUGAACAACAGAGGACUUGAACCAAAUGGACUUAAAUGAGCUCGAACUCAAAUAAAUUUGAAAAUAUAAGAUUUGAACUUGAUUUGCACCAACGUUUAAAAUUGCGCAAUAAAAGGCGCGCCUCAACGCAAUUUCGUCCAUUUAAGCCUCAAAGCCUACGUAAUAAGUUUAGUUAAUGAGGCUUACGCUUCAAGUUUACUGAGGGGCGCCAUAAGGCGCGCCUCGCCUCAUAUAUUUAAGGCGUCGCCUUUUUAAAAAUUAAUCUAAAUUUUUUUUUCAGUUCGGACCCCCAGUUGCCGACGUGGCGCGCCUAGUGAAAUGUCAACGUGGCAUCAACAUUUAAACCCUUGUAAAGGUCGAAUGGAGGAGUUGACGUUUCGAUUUUCAAGUUACAGUAAACUUUCGAACUUUCAAGCAUUCACUCCGGAGCAAUUUCAAGCAUUUUUCACUCAGUUUCUUCUAAGAUGUCGUCACCCCCAAAGAAAAAGGUAACUUAAUGCUAUGUUUUCUGUUUCGUAAUGCGUAUUUUAUGGUUAUGCUAUGCGUUGGUGUUCAAGGCUCUAAAGAUCUUCGGAUUUUAUGCUUAUUCUAUGCGUAUGCAUGGCUUCUCGAAACUUUUUAAAUGUUUGAUACUUUGAUGCCACCGUGUUUUCUCUAUAUUCAGGGUUUACGAUGAAUUUAUGUUGAAAUUUGAAACAUAAAACCUAACUAGAUUGCUUCCAUUUACACAUUUUCUGUGCGUAUUUUAUGCGUAAACUUUGCGUGUUCCAUGCUUAUGUUGUGCGUAUUUUACGCGUGCGUAUAAUUUGUUGCCAUUUCUUUGCAAUGUCCGUUCUUAUGCGUAUGUCAUGCGUACACUAUGCCAUUUUGAGCACGAGACCCUUAGUGCAAGUACUACGCUUAGUGGAUGCAGAGAAGAAACCAGCUAUGGGUUUUAUUUAUAAUGCUAUGGAUGAGGCCAAGGAGUUGAUUGCACACAACUUGGGAGGAGAGGAGGCAAGUUAUAGGGAGAUUUGGGAUAUCAUUGAUGCUCGGUGGGAGGUGCAGUUACACCGUCAUCUACAUGCAGCGGCAUAUUAUCUCAAUCCUCAAUUUCAAUAUUCAGAGAAGAAAUCUUCAAAUCCGGAGGUGAAGCUUGGUCUAUAUCAUUAUAUGGACAGGCUAAUACCGGAGCAGGCAGAUAGAGAGCUUGCAGAUUUACAACUUGUUAUAUUCAAGAAUAAAGAGGGUUUUUUUGGUUUGAAUGCAGCAAAGCAACCAUUUCCAAACGUUCUCCAGUUGAAUGAUGGAUCCAAUUUGGUGAUUCCACCCCUGAGUUACAGAGUUUUGCUGUAAGAGUGUUGGGCCUCACUUGCUCUUCUUCUGGGUAUGAGCGAAAUUGAAGUACAUAUAGUCAAGUGCAAACAAAGAGAAGAAAUUGGCUAUCAACACUCAUAAUGAACUCCCUCGUAUAUAUUAUGCACAACAAGAGGUUAAGAGAGAGGAUGUUGAGGAAUAAGGGGUUGAAGGAUGAUGAGGACCCGUUGGUGUAUGAUGAUGUGUCAUCUGAUAAUGAGUAGUUCAUAGAUGAUGAGACAGAUUUGCCAUUAUCAGACUUACAGCUAGAAGAACUAAGUGUGGAUGUCUUGAGGGGCGAAGCAGAUCAAGUGGGUACAUCCACUAAAACCACACCACACACAUCCACUAGCUCUGCAUCAUAACAAUCAAG